CUGUAAAAGAAGCAAGCGCUGACAGUAUAAAUACCGCUCCAUUCUCCUCUCUGUAUUCUGUAACCUCUCUCUCUCCCACACACACAAUCUGUACAUAUCUUGUUCCCACAUAUACGCAGACAGCAAUGCAAUCGAGCGAUUCUGUCGCCGAUAAUAUCUCUCCGCGUCAUAUCGAAUCUUCUCUCGGGACUUCCCAUCACACAAAUUUUAAGCAGUCUAACGAGGUCUCAUACUUGAAGUUCCUUGUAUCGAAUGCUGAAGCCGGUGCAGUUAUUGGGAAAGGUGGUAGCAUUAUUUCUGAUUUACGGUUGCAAUCUGAAACAUUUAUUCAGUUAUCAAACAAUUAUGAGUUCUUUCCGGGAACCGCUAAUAGGAUUAUUCUGGUUUCCGGACAAAUUGAUUGUGUGAUCAAGGCAGUUGAGUUGAUUCUUGAGAAAUUUCGUAAUGAGACAUAUGAUGCCGAAGGUAAAGAUGAGCCAAGUUCAAAGGUUAGACUUGUUGUACCUUAUAGCUGUUGCGGUGCAAUCAUUGGAAGAAGAGGAUCUACUAUAAAGUCAUUCGUAGAAUUGUCCCAAGCUGGAAUUAGAAUCUCCUCUCCGAAAGACCUUUAUGCUGGCUUGUCUGAUAGGCUAGUGACAGUGGUUGGUACUAUUUCAGAACAGAUGCGAGCCAUUGACUUGAUUUUGCUGAAGUUGUCUGGAAAUCCUUACUAUACACAGUCCAUGAAUGUCCCAUUUUCAUAUGCUGGGUAUAAUGUUGUACACUAUUACGCAGUUGGAGCUAAGAUGUUCAAUAACAUGUAUCAGAGCAACUACCGACAGAACAAGGGCCUUGGUGCUUUGCAGGAAGGUGAGGGCAACUCUGUCACCAUUGGCGUUGCAGAUGAACAUAUAGGACUUGUUCUCGGUCGUGGUGGAAGGAACCUAAGAAGGAUUAGCCAGAUUAGUGAGGCCAGGAUAAAGGUAUCAAAUCGAAAUGAUUUCAUAUCUGGGACAACUGACAGGAAAGUGACAAUCACAGGGUCCGAAAGAGCAAUCUGUGUAGCUGAGGACAUGAUAAUGCGCAAACUGGAUUCAGCUGUUGAGCAUCACUAGAGUGAUUAGAAAGAUCUGUGAUCCGUUUUGGUAGAGAAGUUUAUUAGUAAACGUUUCUGCAAAUUCUAUAUAUUAUGACGAAUGUUGCAGUUAGUUGAUAGUAGUAAACUAGUACAAAGAUAUGUGCAUAAAGAUACAAAUUCAGCAAUGAGAUUGUGGUCCCAAGAGAACACUAUUCGUGAAGGAAUCUUUUAUACAAAAAUAUACAACUAAAAUUACCUGCAGAAAUCUCUGUCGUAGCAGUUGUAAUUGUACGGAUAUAUGUAGCUUCUUUCUUGGCCGUAAACAUUUUAGCAAAUAUGCAUGUUAGAGAUGUUGCUAACUAUUUUUAUUGUGGUAUAUCCGCAGUUUGAUCUUAUCAUUUUCGGUUUUUCUGAAUA